AUGGAUAACAAAGAACAACAAAAGGCUCAUAGACCACCUGAAAAACUUGCUAGACGCAAACAGGAAUUGGAUCAAAAGAAACUUCACGUCCCUCUUGUUGAUAGAACUCCAACUGAGCCACCUCCUGUAAUUGUUGCUGUAGUAGGACCUCCACAGACUGGUAAAACUACUUUAAUAAAAUCCCUCGUAAAGAGAUACACGAAACACAACCUUACAGAAAUAAAAGGUCCCAUUACGGUCGUGAGUGGUAAAAAAAGGAGGUUGACCUUUAUAGAAUGUACAAACGAUAUGAAUUGCAUGAUUGAUAUAGCAAAAAUCGCGGAUUUGGUGUUGUUAUUAAUUGAUGCUAGUUUUGGUUUUGAGAUGGAAACAUUUGAAUUCCUUAAUAUUUUACAAACUCAUGGAUUUCCAAAAAUUAUGGGAGUUCUCACACAUCUGGAUAAAUUCAAAAAUACAAAGACACUUAAAACAACUAAAAAACGAUUAAAACAUCGUUUUUGGACGGAAAUUUAUCAGGGUGCCAAACUUUUUUAUUUAUCAGGAAUAAUUAAUGGUCGAUAUCCAAAUCAUGAAAUUCAAAAUCUUUCUAGAUUUAUUUCUGUAAUGAAGUUUAGGCCGUUAAUAUGGAGGAAUACACAUCCUUAUUUGGUUGCUGAUCGUGUAGAAGAUUUAACUGAUCCCGAAGAAGUUAGACUCAAUCCUUUAUGUGAUAGGACUGUUACUUUAUAUGGAUAUUUACGUGGAACAAAUAUGAAACCCACCAUGAAGGUUCAUAUACCAGGUGCUGGAGAUCAAAUUCUCUCAGACAUUUCCAUACUGCCAGAUCCAUGUCCAUUACCUAAUAAAGUGCGAAAGAGCCUUAGUGAAAAACACAAGGUUAUUUACGCACCUAUGUCCGAUGUCGGUGGAAUAAUGUACGAUAAAGAUGCUGUGUAUAUCAAUAUUCCUGGAAAUGAACCAGAAUAUGAGCAAGGUCCUGGAGAGAAGAUGGUCAUACAUUUACAGGAUGCUCCAGAUACACUUGCAGAUAAAUUAGAAGAAA